AUGGCUGACGGAAACGCCGAAGACAACUUCGCUUCCGACUACUGGCAGCGCCGACCGGCCCUCAACUUCAAUGAUUCGGAAAUCCCUCUGCCCGCUGAGUCGCCAGUAAUUAACGGAGAAGUUAUCGAUUCUUCAUUUGACUAUGUCCAUUUUGUCAAGUUCAUCGCUCUCAGGAGCAUACCGAUCAUCAAUUAUGAAGACCUGGACUUUACGAUUAGUCAAAGCAAGUCUAUCGGGUCAGGGGCCGCCAUGCAGGUAUGCAUGGCCACCUUGAAGAACGAACUCGUUGCUGUGAAACAAGUUCAGAGCCGAGAUGCAAACAGAAACCCUCGAGGCCAAGGUCAUGUUGAAGGUGUCAGUGAUAAGUGGUUGAAUGAUCUGUAUUUCGAGCUCCAAAUCAUGUCACACCAGCCACUCUGCGAACACCCAAACAUCGUGCAGCGCAAAGGAAUAUCUUUUGACGAGACAAGUGACGAUCUAUAUCCAUUUCUCAUAGUCGAACCUGCUUGCGAACAGUAUCCGGACUUGACACGCCUCACUCGCUUCAGUCCGGCAAAGCUGCCCUCCGACCAGGUCGCAGAUAUCAUCGGUGAUAUCGCGGAUGGAAUUUCAGUACUUCAUGUCUACGGUGUGAUUCAUGGAGACAUCAAGCCCGACAAUAUCCUCAUAUUCAAAACCACUGAUCGUGUCCAUGGACUAAAAGCCAAGAUAUGUGACUUUGGAUUUAGUGGUAGUCUGUUUAGUGAGGAUUCGCCUCGAGGAAGUACACCCGCGUGGGCAGCGCCUGAACUUCAAUACAAUGUACCUGAAUCAUUCCAGGAGUACAGGAAAGAAUCACCACAGGAUAUCUACUCGUUUGCUUUGGUCGUCAUGUUCGUCAUACUUGGCAGACUACCGACCAUGGACAGAGAUUCGGAAACAUCGAAGACCAUGGUCUCGGAUCUGAAGCCGCUGACGCCUGAGUAUCCGUGGCUGGAAAAGUUUAUUCCCAUUCUUGAAGAAUGCUUACAAUAUGAGCCUUCCAAAAGGAGAAAGUCGUUAGCAAAAGUCAGAGAAUCGAUCUUAAAGCAAAACAAUGAGCCCCACAACAAUCUAUGGGAAAUUGCCAUCAACCCUUUCCGAAGAGAUCUAUCACAUGAGGUUGACGAGUCCAAAAUAAUAAACUUCUCGCUUCACAACGCAUCUUUCAUUCGCCGUGUAUUUCCCAGUCUGCCGAGCAUUAUCCAAGAAAACCUGAUCAAACAAGUUCAGGAGGCUUUGAAAAAUGAUAAAAUCUCAUCGCAUCGCAUGCUUGCAAUAUAUCGAACAUUGAGGACCAUGCGGCCAGAUUUGGCGGCAGUGAAGGGAACCGAUCCGUCCCUGGAGCAGAACGACAGUGACUUCUCGAAGCUCUUGUUUCAAUCACAUCAAGCGCUAUCAAACAUGACGGAUAGUAGGAAUGGGAAUGCUUCAGCAAAUGAUGAUCCCUGGCCGUUGAACCAUGAUUGGUCAGGGAUGACGAAGUCUGACUUGAAAGAGUUCGUGCUUCUCACACUGAAGGCUUCCACGUUGUGGGCUCCACAGACACUGCUUGAAAUGAAAGCUUACAAGAGUACAAGAGGUUUUGGCUACUUGACAGCUGCCUGUCGGAUUGGAAACGCAACUGUUGUGAAGGCACUCUUAGCGAUCGGCGCAAAUCCGAAUGAGAAGAGCAAUGACGGCCAUACCCCGCUCCACGCAGCUGUGGUACACAGCCAUCACGAAUGUGCGCAACUUAUCCUGGCUGCAGGUGCGGAUACAGAAGCACUGAUGUCUUCACCAAUGUCGAACCAUUAUACUGCUCUGGUCUUUGCCGCUUCGAAUGGCGAUGCGAAGAUGUCAGAGGCUCUCAUAAAACAUGGUGCGAAUAUCUGGCAUCGAAUUCUGGACAGCAUGCAAAACACCGCUGCACAUACUGCCGCCAAUGGUGCAGUACCAGGCAGCGCAGCUUGUCUGGAAUUGCUCCUGAAGCAAGAUCCUCGACUAGCACUUGCAAAGAACUCGCACCAAAGAACACCUCUGCAUCACGCUGCCGGAAGUGGAGAUAUCGCUUCCGUAAAAGCAUUGCUUCGCGCAGGAGCCGAUCCAAAUGCCAUAGAUGUCAACAAAUCGAACCCGCUGCAUACAGCAUGGUUUUCUUCCUUGGACUUGGUUAAGAUUUGCUCCGAGUACUUUCCCGAGAAACUUCAUGACCCGGCGUUGAAAGUCGUGGUCCAACGCUCGGCAUUAAUAUCGAGCUUGGAUCAUCUUCGUCCUCUAGAAGUUGUUGAACUGCUGCUCCAGGCUGGUGCUGAUCCGAAAUCCGUUAACAUAGAGGGAUGCGAUGCUAAGAUUAGUGCUUAUCUGAACAUGCUGAUUACAUUGAAAGUUCAGCCUGGAGAUACCUUCAGCAGUAAUUCUGUGGCGGGGUCGAUGACGCCGUUUACGCCGUGA